CAUGCGACACAUUCUAGUGCUCCUUAUUUUUGGGCUUGUUUGGCAAAACAUCCAUGCCAUGAAUAUCCACCCGGAAUCAUCAUACUAUGAUCCCGCUGAUACUGAUGGCACUGAUAUAAGUAUGAUUUCAGUUCGGCUAAAAAAUGUGGAAAAUGAGUUAAGUGAUUUGUAUGAGAUGAUGGACAGAAAGAACCUGGUUAUAGAACCGAAAAUUACUAUAUCUGGUGAUAAUGCUUGGCCCUUUAUCGAAACUAACAGUGAAAACAUAUUUUCCGCGGAAACUGAAUCGCUUGGCGAAGAAACUUCUUUGGGUACCGCAUUCAUACCGAUUGGAACGAAGACAUACUAUAUUGAGAACUUUAAGAAGCAAACCUGGCCGGUCGCUCAGUACAAAUGUAAGCUAAUGGGCGGUGUCCUGUUUAGUCCUCGAACCCAAACUGUGUGGGAAUCUGUACGAUCGAACUUGGAUCAAAACAAAGAUUACUGGACGAACAUCCGCGAGCACGCCUCAUACGUAUUCGGCAGCAGCUACGAAAAGGCAGAAUUUGUGGAAUUUGAUCAGAAUUUUCAAAAUAUGUGCAUACAACUGGAUUCACAAUCGAAUCAUUUAAUGAACGAAGUGGACUGCGACUUUAAAAACUAUUUCAUAUGCGAACUGGGCUUGUAA